UUUAGAUCUGUCUAACUUUUUCAUUAUACCUCUUUAAAUAAACCAUAAAAAAUGGCUAUAAGAACUGAAGAUCAAUUUACUAAAAAUGAAAAUGAAAUAGUGAAUGAAACUAAUUCAAAUUUACCUAUAAUGAGCUUCUUAAAUAGAUAAAAUAAAUAAAAAGUCAAGAAAGACUUAAAUAGUAAAUAAUAUGAGUAAUAAGUAAUAUUAGAAUAUAUCAAUAGAAUAGUGACUUUUAAGUUGAGGUUAAAAAUUACAAAAUAAUAGAAAAACAAUUUACAUUAUACUAAAUAAAAGUGAUAUAUGGAUCUCUUUAUUGGGUAUUUUAAACAAGAUAUAGUUUACUUGAGGAGUUAAAUAGUAAACUAAAUAAGUCUAUAGUUUAACGAUUGGAAAAGUUUCCUGAAAAGAGGUUUUUCGGAAAUUUAGAUUAAUCAUUUGUGUUAAAGAGAAAAAAUUAAAUAGAUUUAUAUCUAAAAGUAAUUAAUAAAUAGUAAAUGUAGAGUCUUUUUAAAUAUGGAAGAAAUGAAAAAUCAGUAAAAGAAUUUAUAAGAUAAUCAUAGAGAGCAGCUAUUGAGAUUAAUGAUCCAUGUGAAAUAAAACAUUUUAAACUAGACGCUUGA